AUGAUUGAAAGCCUCGUGACCUCUGGGGGUUCUUAUACCGCCCCUUUGCCUGUUUCGUCAAGUCCAGCUCCUCAUAGGGAUGAGACUCUGCAUUCGUGGGCUAAGAUAGAGGCUUUGAUUGGAAAAGGAGCCGUGGCUGUUGAUGGGGAAACUCUGGAUAUCGCUAGUGUGGUCGCUGUUGCUCGGUUUGAGGGCUGCGGCGCACAAGUAUCCAGUGAUACUAAGGUUUCCAAGAGAGUGCAAGCGGGAAUCGAGACAUUCAACGACUACCUUGACAAAGGCUACUGCAUAUAUGGCGUCAACACCGGUUUUGGAGGCAGCGCAGAUACCCGUACAUCAGAUGUUAUCCGACUGCAGCAGUCGCUCCUCCAACUGACUCAGUCAGGAAUUCUCACAGGGAGCGACUUUGCUCCGCGGAUAGGUGACUACAACCUAGCCUCACACGCUAUGCCAGUAACAUGGGUGAGGGCCACAAUGCUCGUGCGCUGCAACCAUCUGCUCCGUGGUCACUCCGGCGUCCGGCUUGAGAUCAUCGAUACAGUGUUGAGAUUGCUUCGCGUAGGCCUUACCCCGAUCAUCCCAUUGCGCGGCUCCAUUUCUGCGUCUGGUGAUCUAAUGCCCCUCUCGUAUCUGGUUGGCAUCUUGGAAGGAAAUCCAGAUAUCAAGGUGUACUGGGAUCGCCCGCCGAAGCCUGAGAUUGUGUCGGCAAACAAAGCACUAGAGAUUAUUGGAAUCCCGCCUUUCAUUUUGAGACCGAAAGAAGGUCUGAGUUUGAUCAAUGGCUCAGCUGCUUCUGCGGCUGUUGCAUCUUUGGCGGCACAUGAAGCCAGUCAAUUGGUAUUACUAGCGCAAGGUCUUACUGCGUUGACGUGUGAGGCUAUGAUAGGUAAUGCAGAGAAUUACCAUGAGUUCCCAGCUAAGAUUAGACCUCAUCCUGGUCAAAUUGAGGUCGCGGCCAAUAUCCGCAUGGGAAUCAUCAACUCGAAGUUGAUUGAAACUUCCGGAACGAAAGAUCGCCUACGCCAGGGACUGAUCCAAGACCGAUAUGCCCUCCGUGGUGCGUCACAAUGGCUUGGACCGGUAGUCGAGGACCUCAGACUAGCCAUCCAGCAACUUACCACGGAGUUAAAUUCCACGCAAGACAACCCAGUGAUAGACUCCGUGUCAGGAGAAGUAUAUUUCUGCUCCAACUUCCAAGCAGCAUCCGUCUCUAUAGCCAUGGAAAAGACUCGCGUAGGUCUCCAGAUGAUUGGCAAACUCUUAUUCAGCUACUCGUCCGAGCUCAUCAACCCGGACCUGAACAAAGGUCUCCCAGCAAAUCUCGCGGCAGAUGAUCCUAGCUUGUCAUUCACGAUGAAGGGUGUCGACAUCAACAUGGCGGCUUAUAUGUCCGAGCUUAGCUACCUCGCCAACUCGGUGACAUCGCAUGUACAGUCAGCUGAGAUGAAUAACCAGCCCAUCAAUUCACUUGCUCUGAUCUCAGCGCGGUAUACGCUGCAGGCCAUCGAGCUAGUCUCUAUGAUGAGUGCCGCCCUUUUGUAUGUGACAUGCCAGGCGGUGGAUCUGCGCAUCCUUCAUGAAGCCUUCCUGGAUGGUCUAAACAAUGUGGUGUAUAUGGCAUUUGAAUCCGUGCAUAGCCCGCUGGAGAAUGACUCGGCGAUAAUAACCGAGCUCCUCCAGGCUUUACGCGACUCGUGGAGGCACUCUGCGCGUGAUGACCUCUCUGUCAGGAUCCAGGCCCUGUCCACAGCCAUGGCGCCGGUCCUACUAGCAAACGUCAAAGAGCUGAAAGCCAAAGACCCUGUUGCAGCAAUUGAGUCUUUGCAGCAGGAGAUUUGCAAAAGGGCACGGUCAUCAUUUAUGGUACUACGAGCGCAGUCAUUUUCUGGCAAGCUCAACGCAGAGUCAUCCCUAGGACCUGCUGCUAAAGCCCUCUACUGCUUUGUGCGAAGGGAUCUGACCAUUCCCUUCCACUGCGGCAUUGGAGAACACCCAACUUGCGAUACGGAAGCUGCGGCGGAUGUUCCUCCACGCCCGCGGAAAACAGUCGGGUCUCUCAAGUCUAUACACGAGCUUACUGCGGACCUGCUACGGAACCCCAUGGGUGCUGACUGGCGGCGGGAGUUCGCAGAGAUGAAAGAGGAAAUCAUGGAACUCCGUAAGGAACUAUAUGGUGUCCGAAUCGCGACUGCGGCAAGCAAGACCGCUGAAUCAGGACCCCGAGUCCGCUCGUACGUUGCGGCCCUCAGGCGUGGUACAACGGCACCCGCCCACUUCCUCUCCGCUCACGGUUCCAACAGCACCCAGGCGGCCAGCCCCUCCGAGCGUUUAAAGGACCGUGAGAUCAUUGUUAAACUGGGUGAUGCCGACGCAUUCUCCGUGUCAGCGCUCAUCCUAGAAAGGUUUUCAUUGAUUUCCUUGAGCUUCAUUUCCAAUGAUUUCUUCCUAGCCAUUUGCUGGGCCACUUCCUGGGCUCUUUCUAGCGAAUUCUGA